GGAAAUGUUUGCUGAGUUCACAAAAUGGCGGACCAGGUGGUCCUGUCCGUGACUCUAGACGCUCUAGACGCUUCGGAAGUGUUCAUCAUUUUGGAUGCGUCCAUAAGUUGGUUGUUUGGCCGUGAUUUUAACGACAUUGUUGACAUCACUGAUUAUUUUAUUUUUUUAUAACAAUUUCGAAUAGAACAAUUUUUAAAAAAACAUAUGUAUGAAUAAGCAUGAUUGUAAAAUAUUUGAAAGUAUUUACAAAAUUUAUUAAAUAAGUGAAAUGUUUUUAAUUAAUUAAGAAAAUAACUAUUAGAAUUACCAUUAGACUUCUUUAUUUAAUAAUUAUUUAAUAUAAUUCGGUAUAUUGACUUAAAUUAACCAUGGACGUCAGUGCAUUGUUUAGAGCAAGUGUAAAAACAGUAAGUCUCCGUCAAGAAUGUUUAAACAACAAUAAAACCAAACCUCCAUUAAGACAAAUACGGAUUGAAUCAGCAAUGCGUAAAAAAACUCAUGGGCUUGUCACACAAAUAACAGAGCUAAAGCAAUUUUUGUUAGAAAAUAGAGCAGCUUAUUUAAAUUUUUCUGGCCAUUUAAGCAGUAUAAGUCGUAUGAGUGAUGCUGAACGAGAUGAAAUUGACAGUAAAGUUCAAACAAUCAUUACAACAUGCUCUCAGAUGACAAAAGAAUUAAAAAGAGAGAUUGCAAGUCUAGAAGUAUCACAACAAAACCAUGAACACUUGGAGAUUAUGAUUUUCUUGAUAGAAGAAUAUUUGAAAAGUGUUUGUAAAAUCUACUCUGAACAAAAAGCAAUCCGUGUUAAGAAAUCAAUGGAAUUAAGAUCAUUAGCAAAAUUGGAAUUGAAUACAAAAUCGGAAUCUAUUGACAGUCGUUUGAAUAAACCCUCCACUAGUACAAGUAAUGAUUCAAGUGAUAAGAAAAAUUCUUCUUCAUCAAAUUCAAGUCCUUUGAAGGUGCAAGAGAUGAAUGGUGAUGUUAAUUCUAUGUCUUAUGAAGAAGAAUUAUCAAAAGAAGACAUUCAGAUGUUUGAAGCUGAAAAUGAAGUGCUUUACAAAGAAUUGAAUACCAUAACUGAAGAAGUGAAGCAAAUUGAGAGUAAAGUUAUUCAUAUAGCAGAAUUACAGGAGAUAUUUACUGAAAAAGUAUUGACUCAAGAUCGUGAUUUAGAUAAAUUAAUGACAACAGUUGUAGGAUCAACCGAAAAUGUUAAAAAUGCAAAUGAACAAAUUCGUCAAGCAAUUCAGAGAAAUGCCGGUUUACGAGUUUGGAUACUUUUCUUUUUGUUAGUUAUGUCUUUUUCACUUCUUUUUUUGGAUUGGUACAAUCCUUAAUUGAAGUUAAAAUUUUUUUUACAAUAGUAUUUUUUGUAAGUUUAUAAGAAAAUAAUGAAAUAAUGUUACAAAUAUAUUUGCCAAAAUAUGCCAAUAUAUUUCUUAUUAUAUCACCAGAACAAUUGUACAGAAUUGCUACAAUUUACAUAAUGAAAUAUGAUAAAGUAACGUAUUUAUAUUACAUGUACACAGUUCAAAUAUC